GGUUCAAUACAGCAACAUUCAAAUUUUUAAUGACGUGAACAACACUCGUUUAAAAAAAAAAUAAGUGUAUUUGAAACAGGAAGGUGUUUGUUGACACAAGUAAGUGUGUAUGCAAGAUUUUAAGGUGCAAGUGGGCUUUCAUGCCAGCGCUUGCCACGGGAAACCAAUUUUCAAAAUCAAAACCAAGAACGUCAAUGAAAACGUAAGUACGCCCCCUUCUGUUUUAAUUUUUACGCUAGGCUCUCAGGGAUCCUCUCGGAAAAUGGGUCUUUUUACAAUCCUGUAGUGACUUUGGACAUGCCAGAAGCUCUCUUGUAGGCACUAACUUCGAUCCUUGUAGAAAACGGACCCCGAGUGCCCGCACGAAAGAAUCCCCCGGGCGCUUUUAUAACAUUCAGGUGCCAGCGUCCCAACCCCGAGCCGUUCAAUGGUGAGGUGUGGGAUCCGGCGCAGGUGGUUUCCGUCCCAAGAGCCUCGGGCGCCCGAGGGGGCGGGGCCGGCGCCAAGCAGCGCCCCGCCUCUCGGGGUGUCCCGGCUCCGCCCUCCAGCCGCUCGGCUUCGCAGGGGAGCUGGCCGGGCGGUGCGGGGCUGCCAGGCUCCCUGGCGGGCCUCCCCGGCCCUCCUCGAGCCCCUUCCCGCUGCUGGUCCCCAGAACCGGCUCCAGACUGCCCUUCCCCGGUGGUCCCCGCGCGUGGCGGCGUCCCGCAGGACCAAAGGAUGCUGCUCUCCUGGCCCCGCUACCGCUGAAGCGCCCAGGGGUCCCUGGAGAGCCGACCUGAGCGCAGAAACCGCAAGCCAUGAGUCCUCUGAGGCGGCGAGCGUCGCUCUCACUUCUGCUGCUGCUGGGCGGCUGCCUCCUCGCGGCCGCCGGGAGAAAGCAGGGGGCGGCCGGCGUCGCGGCCGAGUCGGCUUCGGGCUCCGCCGGCGGCUCCUCCGGCCGCUUUGUCAGCCCCGAGCGGCACACGUGCAGCUGGCAGCUCCUGCCGCCCGCCCCAGGGCCCGAAGCCGGCAGCGAGCUAGCGCUGCGCUGCCAAGACCCGGACGGGGCGCGCCACCGAUGCGCCUACCGCGGAGAGCCCGGGCGCUGCGCUGUCUACGCCGCCCGCCGCUCGCACUACUGGAAGCAGGUGCUGAGCGGGCUGCGCAGGAAGCGGCGGCCCUGCCACGACCCGGCGCCGCUCAAGGCCCGCCUGUGCGCCGGCAAGAAGGGCCGUGGCGCGGAGCUGCGCCUGGUACCCCAGGCACUCCCGGUCGUCAGCCCCAAGGCGGCGGCGGGCUUAACCCGGGACCCCAAGCCCCGGGCCGGGAGCCGGGGGCAGCCCCGAGAGCCCGCGCUCGGCCCCGUGGCAGGGGCCCCGCCUCCCCCGAGCGCGCCGCCCAAAGGGAAGCCCUCUGAGCAGAAGCCCAAAGCGGGCAAGAGGAAGGCGGCCUGGGACCCAGACGAGGAGCGACCACUGGGGACCGGGCCUGAUCCCGAUGGGCUGGACGAGAACGCGAAGCUCACGGACACCUACUGUGCUGAGAAGUGGCACUCCCUC